CGUCUCGACAGACACUCAUCGCGCAGCACUUAAGCCGCCAUGCCGCCGAAGCUCGACCCCAACGAAAUCAAGAUCGUUUUCCUCCGCUGCACUGGUGGUGAGGUCGGCGCUGCCUCCUCGCUCGCCCCCAAGGUCGGUCCCCUCGGUCUGUCCCCCAAGAAGGUCGGUGACGAUAUCGCCGCCGCCACCAAGGACUGGAAGGGCCUCCGCGUCACUGUCAAGCUGACCAUCCAAAACCGCAAGGCCACCAUCGAUGUCGUGCCCUCUGCUUCCACCCUCGUCAUCAAGGCCCUCAACGAGCCCCCGCGUGACAAGAAGAAGGAGAAGAACAUCAAGCACAACGGCAACAUUGCUUUCGACGAGGUUGUCCGAAUUGCCCGCAUCAUGCGUCCUCGCUCGAUGGCCCGCACUCUUGAGGGCACCGUCAAGGAGAUUCUCGGCACUGCCCAGUCUGUCGGCUGCACCAUCGACGGCAAGGCUCCCCACGACCAGAUUGACGCCAUCAACGCUGGCGAGCUCAAGGUCCCCGAGAAGUAAAAAAACACUCAAAAGAGGAAGUGGAAACGGGGCAACCCGGCUCUUUGUUCUUUUUUUGAAACGGUCCGCUGUUAUGGCACUCUAAUCAUGCUUUGUUCCCCAUUUUGUUCUGAGUAAAGUGUGGUUCUUGUUUUUACGA